AUUUUUUAUUUUAAAUUUUUUUUUUUUAAGAGGAGGAUAAAAAAAAAAUAAUUGAGGGAGAGAAAAAAAAUCAUAAUUGCGAAGGGCUUGAUCCGGGAGAACAAUACUCGCCGGGAAAGUUACUGCGCGGCGGGGAGGGAGCGGCGGGAGUAAAAUGCCGCAGCUGGGCAGCGGCGGCGGGGACGACCUGGGCGCCACGGACGAGAUGCUGGCCUUCAAGGACGAGGGCGAGCAGGAGGAGAAGAUCCCCGAGAACGCCUUCACCGAGCGCGACCUGGCCGACCUCAAGUCCUCGCUGGUGAACGAGUCCGAGGGCAGCGGCAGCCCGGCCGCCGCCGAUGGCGAGGCCCUCCGGAGAGUGCAGGAUCCGCAGAGGGUGUACCAGGAGAAGCUCCCGGACCACAUGGAUGAUGCAGGUAUGAAACAUCAGGACCCAGGGAUGUAUAAAGGAUCUGCCUAUUCUGGUUACCCUUUCCUGAUGCUCUCAGAUCCGUAUCUGCCCAAUGGAUCUAUGUCACCUCUGUCCAACAAAGUUCCCGUCGUGCAGCCGUCGCACGGAGUGCACCCGCUCACCCCGCUCAUCCCGUACAGCAACGACCAUUUCAGCCACGGCUCCCACUCACCCCACUUGCCUGCUGACAUCAACCAGAAACAAGGAGUGCACCGUCCUUCCCAGACCUCAGACAUCCCUGGUUUCUACCCCCUGCCCCCCGGUGGAGUGGGCCAGAUCACGCCGUCGAUGGGAUGGCAGAGCCAGUCUGUCUAUCCGCUCCCGUCAUGUGGAUUUAGACAGCCGUAUUCGUCAGCGCUUUCUGCUGGGGCUUCUUUCUCCAGGUUCACCCACCCUCUGAUGCUGGGCUCUGGCAUGCACACCACGGGCAUCCCGCACCCCGCCAUCGUGCCCCACUCCGGCAAGCAAGAGAUGGAGCACUACGACCGAAACAUGAAACCUCAACCAGAACCAAAGAGAGAGAAGGAAGCCAAGAAGCCCACUAUUAAGAAGCCCCUGAACGCUUUCAUGUUGUAUAUGAAAGAAAUGCGGGCAAAAGUCAUCGCUGAGUGCACCCUGAAAGAGAGUGCUGCCAUCAACCAGAUCUUGGGAAGGAGGUGGCACGCGCUGUCCCGCGAGGAACAAGCCAAGUACUACGAACUGGCUCGCAAGGAACGGCAGCUCCACAUGCAGCUCUACCCCGGCUGGUCUGCCAGAGACAACUACGGGAAAAAGAAGAGACGAACACGGGAAAAGCAGCAAGAUUCCAACUCAGAUCCUGCCUCUCCUAAGAAAUGCAGAGCUCGCUUUGGCCUCAACCAACAAAUGGACUGGUGCGGCCCGUGCAGGAGGAAAAAGAAGUGCAUUCGGUACCUACAAGGAGAAGGACGCUGUGCCAGCCCAGUUUCUUCCGAUGGAAGUGCUAUAGACUCCCCUCCAUCCCCACCGGACGCACUCCGAUGCAUCCCCUCUGCCUUCCCGUCAGAGCAGCUCGCAGCCACCGCCGACCCCGCACACCGCGACCAGCCCGACCCCUGCCCCAUGUCCGCACACCUCCCGCCCGCCUCCGGCCCCUCCAGAGCCGGCGCCCGGCGCUCCCCGGCUCCAGCCGCGCCCCCCGCUUACAGCCGCGCCUCCUCGGGGACAUAGUCCCUCGCCUCCGCUGGCCACGCCGGGCACUCCGCUCGCCCACCUGGUUCCGCUGCCCCUGGACGAGGACCAGAGGCCCAGCCAAAUCCCCACUUCACUGUAAAAUAUGCAAAGUUUGGCGACAGGAUGACUUAAGGAUGAUGGAAAACUCACUUGGUUGGGGUUUUUUGGAGGGGAGGGGUGAUAAAGAUAGCAAAGCAAUUUAAAAAAAAAAAAAGGUAAAAGAAUAAGUACUUGCCAAAAUUUAAAGUGCUGAUGAGUAAACAAGCCUUUUGUCCCUGCCCUGUGAUGCUUUUUUUUUUCCUUUUUUUUUUUCCUGUUGUUAUUGUUUGUUUGGGGUUUUGUUUUGUUUUUUCUUUUUUACUGCAUUAUCUCCAAGGGUGGCAGAGAGCAGAGCCACGUUCCCAGCUUGCUGCUGUAGGUAGUAGGUGCUAUCAAUCUAACCUUGGCUUCCACUCUCUGCCAUCCAAGCUACUUCAAAGUGUAGUCACUCACAGACCUCUCAUAUCCAUUACACCACGGAGCUGGAAAAGCUGGAAUAGGAGUAUUUUUUAAAAGCCCGUAUGUCUGAAAAGGAAACACAGCGAUGCCAGCAUUCUGAUCUGACCAGGUAAAAGUGAAAUCAAAUAUUUAAACCAAUGAGGUUUUUUGAACUUGUUUGAGAACAGAAGGAUGAUGUUUGAAGGUAACGGGUCUCUGUGCAGACAUAUCCCAUUCCCCAGUUGUACAAGGCAGAAGAAAAGGGAGCACCAGCUGAGCAAAGGAGCACGGACUGGAAGGCUGCUGGAAGGGCUGGUGGUUGCUCAGGGCAUUGGUCAGGUGCAGGGUCUGCCCUGCUGUUAGGAAUUGUCCUCUGCAGAUGGGGAUGGUCAGAAAUGCCAGCAGACUAACUGGCUGAAGCCUCAGCAAUCAGUCUGUUGGUUUUGUAGGCUGUGAUGGAGCUCUGCACCUCCAGAGCAGUGAGAGGGAAGGGCAAGUGGGGAGCCAGCAGCCCAGGAUCACACCAGCCCAGGGCUGAGGACCACGCUGGCCCAGCAGGUCCUUUGUCUGAGCGGAUGGGGAGAGGUGUGAGCUCUCCCAUCACGGGGCAGUGUGGCAGCAGAGCAGCACUCACUACCCUGAUCUGGGCCCUGGCGAGAUAAGAACCCUCUUUUUCAUGAUUCAGUGUAGAACUUUUAAAAAAAAACUUAUUCUAGCUUUUUCUAAAAGAUUCUCCCUCCAUUCCAAUGAUGAUGCCAAAUGUUAAUGUAUUCUCUUCAGCUUUAAAAUGUUUACCCAUUUCUGGUAUUGUAUUUAUAUUCUGAGUUUGAUAAAAAACACUGUGGAUGGAUUAUGAUCUCCAUGAACUGAUGUAAAUCCCAAAUAAUUCCAAGUUCUGGAUUUACUUCAGGUUUACAGUCUUCUGAGAGACCAUAAUCUAGUCCGGUGCAGACUUUUUUUCCUGUUCGAAAGAAAUGUAUUCCAGACUGCUGAAGAGAAAAAUGACACCACACAGAGGUAGAGGGGGCACUAUUUUUUUCCUACUUGAUAGAUGGGUACUGAAUACAAAUUACAUAGUAAUAUUAUUGUAGAACUGCAAGAAAUUUAAGAUGAACUUUAUAAUGUACAAACUAUUUUUAUAUUUUUUUUCUUAAUGCAAAAACACAAACCAUAAUUUUUUACAUUGGAUUAAACGUAACUUUUUAACAAAGUUUAUGCCUCAAAGAUUUAAAAUUUAAAAAAAAAAGCCAAACCUAACUAGUCUGUAGAGCAGCUUUGGGUUUAGUCCCUUUAUUUAGAUAGUUUUGCUUAUAGUAGUGUAGAUUUUUUAUUUCUGGUUUUAGCUUAGAAGAUCUCAACCUAUUUCUUUAUUCUUCUCCUGUGUAAAUGUAGCCUCAGAAGCACUGACAGAAAGCUAUGUGCAUAAACCUGACAAGUUUGCAAAAAGCCAUGUUGAAGUUUGAAUCACUUUAACCCUUGGAGAAGUAGCAUUACCUGAUCCAACACCAACUGUACACUUGUGUACUGACUGCUCUCAGAGGGUUAAUUACAUAGCACUAGAUCAAUAUGCAAUCUGCUCAUUUUAAAUUAUUUUAGCAAGCUUAGCCAACAGCAUUUUCCAGUGUUGAACAGAGGAACUCGGUAGACUUGCCAGACCUGACAUGGUCUCUUUGAUUUUCAAACAAACAAAAAAACCUGCAGCUUUAAGAACUGGUUGUGUCUCAGCUCUUCAUUUGUCACUCUGAGACUCUCUGCUGUAAAAGUGUCACCUACUGGAAACACUGCAGAUGACAGACCAACCACCACAGCCUGCUGUAUCCCAUACUGGCUGCAAGGCUGGUGUAACAGCACCCAACUGGCACUGUGUGGCUGGAUGAAAGCUGUCAUUUAGCAGCAAAGCAAAGGCAGGUAGAAAACAAAAAGCAGAUGUGUCUAAAUAACAUCAGAGAAAAUUUCAGGGAAAGUCCUGAUCAGUAUUAAACUGGCCGAGGCAUCCAGACCAGCCCUCAUUCAUUUCAUGCCCCAGGACUUUCACCCACUUAUUUCAAGGCUCCUCUGGCCCCUCCAUGGUGUUGUGAGUCCCUGCCUCGACCAGCAAAAGGCUCAUCUGCACUACAGCCUCCUCUCACUAUUGUUAUUCCAACUGAUUCCUGCAAAAGCUCCUUAGUGACACCUAACACCUCCUUUCCAGGGGCCCUUCUCUAGGCCCUCAUGCCACGGAAGCAUUUUCAGAGCCCCAGAGCUGGAGCAGUCACACCCAGUGUUGUUCUGCCUGUGCUCUGCUCUAUACAUACAGGUUUAUGGCCAGACUUUACCCUGUGCUUCCAGCUACUGCAGAAUGAACUCAGAAUAUCCACUUGUCAUAUACUAUACUCAGUUUAUACUGGGGUAACUGAGAAAAUUCCAUUAUUUUUAUUCCAAAACACAGAAAAGAUAUCUUUAGGCUGCCCCUUUCCAAGACAAAACAGCAUGACUGACUUCUGUUCCAUGGCCCCACAGCUGAUAACUAAUGCCAAAACAAAGGUAUUAAUACCAAAAAAAGUGUCUUUAGACCUGCCAUAUAAAGUGUUGCUAUUGUGUGUUAAUAUUCUUCUUUAAUAGAAGGAAGACUUUGCCCUGAAGUUUUUAUCUCAACAAGAUUUUUUUUCCUAGUUAUUUUACAGCAGUUUUAACUCUUCCUGAAAUACAUAUUUGAAUUCCUGGAAUCAGUAUGAAUGUAGAAAUCAUGGAAGUACCACUUCAUUAAAACAAGUAAAACCACUGUAUGUAUGUAGCAGGGAUAAAUGUUUUGCAGCUGUACCUUCAUUUGUCCAAUGACUAUCCAUCAUUUGUUGUAAUUUUUUUACUUCACUGAGUUUGUAUUUUUUGGCUUCUAUGUUCAAAGUAUGUUUAUAGCUUUAUAAAUAAAGUAAUUGCCAGACUGGCUGUUCAAGA